AUUUCUAGAACCACCUCCCGACUUCUCCAAUCUUUCCCCAGUCGAAGAGCGCUCCAGAUUGAAGCACGAUCAUUUGCGCGGAGAGAGAGAGAGAGCGAUUCGUAGCUCCGACAUCUGAUUCGAUCGCCGGAGAAUCCGAGAACACAAGAGAAUGUCGGCUUGCCGAUGGAAGAGCUUUGAGGAGGACGAGGAUCGCCCCGAGAAGCCGCGGCGGUACGGCGUGACGGAGAUCAGGGGCCCGCACUACUCCUUAUUCAACCAGAACCUCCUCCAGGAUCUUUUCGAGUCGAUGGGGCCAUUUGUCGAUGGGUUGAAGUUCUCUGGGGGUUCGCACAGUCUAAUGCCCAAGUCUUUCAUCAAAGAGAUUGCUGAUAUAGCUCAUGAGCAUAAUGUGUACGUGAGCACUGGGGAUUGGGCUGAGCACUUGCUGCGCCGGGGUCCAUCCGCUUUCAAAGAAUAUGUUCAGGAGUGUAAGCAGCUGGGAUUCGACACAGUUGAGCUGAAUGUUGGGACUCUGGAAAUUCCAGAAGACACUCUUCUGAGAUUGGUGCGCACUGUUAAGAGCGGCGGUCUUAGAGCCAAGCCACAGUUUGCUGUGAAGUUUAACAAGUCUGACAUCCCUAGAGCUGGUGAUAGAGCUUUUGGGGCAUAUGUAGUUCCAGAGCCUCGAAGUUCUGAAUUCAUCGAGGAUGUUGAUCUCUUGAUCAGAAGGGCAGAGAGAUGCUUGGAAGCUGGGGCGGACAUGAUAAUGAUAGAUCCUGAUGAUGUCUGCAAUGCUGAUGCUGUCCGAGCAGACAUUAUCGCGAAGAUUGUAGGACGUCUAGGUCUCGAGAAAACCAUGUUUGAAGCAUCGAAUGCUAGAACCUCGGAGUGGUUCAUCCAACGCUAUGGUCCCAGGGUUAAUCUUUUUGUUGAUCACUCUCAAGUCAUGGAUUUGGAGUGUCUCAGAGGGCGCAAGCUAGGUAAAAACCAUUCAUCGGUUCUUGGAUCCUCCUACUUUCUGUCCUGAAUAGGAGAUUGUAAUGAUGUGUGUACCUUCUUGGAAACUUCCUUUGUGACGGUAUUCUGCUGUUCUGUGCAUUGUACCAUUGUCUGUGAUGCAACAAAUAUGAUCAGUGUAACAUAAUUUAAUUAGUAAUAACUCUCUUUCUCGGGCGCUGCUCUUU